GCUUACAACAUCUUCAAUUUAUCCAACAAUGGAAAUGGGCUUUCGAAAGAGUGAAACUUCACACCAUCCGAGGCACCACAAACUAAAGGCACUGCUACAACUACAACAAUUUAGUUAUGCAGAAGUAAAGAAAAUAACAAAAUCAUUUUCACACACGAUUGGCACUGGAGGGUUUGGAACAAUCUAUGGAGGAAACCUCUGCAAUGGUCGCAAGGUUGCAGUGAAGGUCUUAAAGAAUGUUAAGAGCGACGGUGAAGACUUCAUCAAUGAAGUCGCAAGCAUAAGCCAAACAUCUCAUGUUAACAUAGUUUCAUUGCUUGGUUUCUGCUACGAAGGGUCCAAAAGAGCAAUUGUGUAUGAGUUUCUAGAGAAUGGGUCUCUGGAUCAGUUCAUCUCAAAGAAGUCGUCGUUGAAUCUAGAUAUGGGUACACUAUAUGGUAUCGCAUUAGAUGUUUCUCGGGGACUUGAGUACUUGCACCAUGGCUGCAAAACAAGGAUUGUGCAUUUUGACAUUAAGCCUCAAAAUAUAAUAUUAGAUAACAAUCUAUGUCCAAAAGUAUCAGAUUUUGGCCUUGCUAAGCUAUGUGAGAAAAGAGAAAGCAUCUUGUCGUUGCUAGACACAAGAGGAACUAUAGGAUAUAUUUCUUCAGAGGUGUUCUCAAGAAUUUAUGGCAGAGUUUCCUACAAAUCAGAUGUUUAUAGCUAUGGAAUGUUGGUCCUCGAGAUGAUUGGAGCAAGGAACAAAGAAACAGUAGAAACUGCUGCUUCUGACUCUAGUUCGACUUACUUUCCAGACUGGAUAUAUAAGGAUCUUGUAAAGGAAGAGCAUACAUGGGUAACUGGCGAUGCCACUAAAGAGGAAAAAGAGGUUCCAAAGAAGAUGAUCCUUGUGGGUCUUUGGUGUAUACAGCCAUGUCCAUCGAACCGUCCACCGAUGAAUAGAGUUGUUGAGAUGAUGGAAGGAAGCUUGGAUGCAAUUGAAGUCCCUCCUAAGCACUCCUUACAGUUGUCUGCAGCGCCUCUUGCUGAAUCGACUUGGAUUUCCGAAGAGAAUUCAGACCACUCUGAGGUAUUGCUAUGAUCCUUAAGUUCAAAAUUUUGUCAGCUUGGUUGGUGUACCCAUGUAAAGCUCACUGACAAAAGCAUGAAAACCUGAUUAAU